UUGUUUCCUUUAUUUCAUCAAAUUUUAACAACUGUUUUUAUUAACUUAUCUUCACUUUUAUUUUACAUUAUCUUAUUAACGUAUCUUUUCUUUUAAUUUUUGACUUUCAAGUUUUGAAGAAACAGUUUAAUGAGAAAAAUGUCGUUUAACUCAACGGAAAAAGUCAUCGAAAUAGAAUAUAUAUCAGUUGAAAUCAUUGUGAUGGCAUUAUUUUCAGUUAUCUUUGCAUUAGGUACCGUUGGUAAUGUUUUUGUUUUCUAUUAUUUUGGAAAGAAAAAAAAAGUAUCUGUUAUAAGUGAGACUAGUAAAGUCCCAGAAUUUUUGUUUUGCGUCCUGGCUGUUGUAGACUUUUUAGCUUCUGUUUUCAACCCAGUUUUGUAUAUAUAUUGGAUAUUAACACAUUAUAAAUGGCACUUUGGUUACUGGGCGUGUAAACUGAUUGUUCCAAUUGGAACGAUUGCUACAACCAUGUCUAUUGGAAUAUACGUCAUAAUAUCGUUCGAUCGCCAACGUACUAUUGUUCACCCAUUUAAAAGACCAAUCAAGUUUGUCUAUAUUAAACUUAGUGUGUUAUUGAAUCUACUAUACGCCUUAGUAAUGAACGCACACUAUGCAUUGAAUCUAACUUGGGAUGGUAGAACAAGGAGUUGCAUUGUGCCUAACGCAGCAAACAAAGCUUAUAGUAUACCCAGUAUCUUUUACUUUUUUAUAAACAUUUGUAUUCUUUUGGUUGUCGUUAACUUUAUUAACUAUCGUAUAUUUUCUCAAAUAAUUAAACAUAGUCCAACAAGCACCGUUUUGAGUAAUGCAGCAAAACACAAGAAAGAACAUCACAGAACUAUCCGCUUAUUGAUUGCGUUGACUUCAGUCUUUUAUUUUCUUACGUUACCUCGCGACAUUCUUCACUUUGUUUUUUUAGCAAGCUGGAUUUUUGGCAAAGGUUUACCUGUAUCAAAAUCGAUAAUGACAUUAAACUCAUUUCUAAAAGUUUUAAACGUUGCACACUCUUGCGUAAAUCCAAUAAUAUAUUAUUGGAUGCAUACAGGUUUCAAAAAAUUUAUUAAACGAAGCUUUGGUGUUAAAAGUAAUUCUCUGAUUAGAAGAUCAAAUAGUGAAUUAGAUGAAACUCAAGAACUUUCGGAAUCAAACGAUCGAUUUCUGUAAUAUUAGUUCAUAUUUAACGUUCAUAUUUACUUUGUGUAACAUGUUACCCGUAGUCGUGCCAUUGUUAUAUAUAAUUAGACAAAAUAUUAGAAGGAAACCAUUCUGAGAAAACCUUUAACAAAAACCCUAAACUAUUUUUAUGAAGAGUUGUAUAAUUAGAGACUAAUAUUUAUUUGUCUUUAUACUUUUAACUUUUAAGUUAGGCGUGGGUUUUUGCUCAUGUAACAGAAUGUAUUCGUCCAACUAUCGAUCCCAUAAUCAUUUGCGUUACAAAAAAUAAUUUUGUUUACAGGCACGCAACCCUACGUUAUUGCAUCAAAAACAACAGUUUAUAAUCAAAAUAAAAUUUUUUAAAUGUAUUCUUAUAAAGUUUAUGUAAAAUAAUCUACUUAACAAUAAUAACUUACCAUGGUUGUUAUAAUAAUUAUUAUAGUUUA